AUGGCAUCGAGUCUGACUCCUGGGAUUCACGCCAUGAGUGAUCUGCUAACCAUCCGUGAGAAAGGUGUCCUCUUCACUCUGCUCGAACCUCAGUGCAUGCUGAUCAAAUCUACAGUAGCACAGGUUCUAGUGGCCACAGAGACGGAGGGUGAGCGUCCAGGCUGGAGUUGUUUGGGUUGUGGCGCAGUGUGUCUAAUUGAGGACACGUUCAUUCACAGCCACUUCCUGCGUCUGUACUGUGUCAAGCGUGCCAAAUUACUGUGGGAGCAGGAGCUCUACGUCCCAUUCCAGUACGCUGCAACUUGCACGUUCUUCCACACCUUCCCUGCAGAUGGCCACCAAGUUGGACUCAACUUUGCAAAUGAGGCUGAGGCAGGGGAAUUUCAUCUGGCAGUGGAGGCUGUCCAGAGAAAUCAAGAAAAGAUGACCAUGAUGACUGAAAUAGCAGUGACUGAAAACAAAUCAACAAGUGAUCCACCUGAUUCAGGAACUGAGCCACUAGAGCAGUUGGACGAGGAGCCACAAUCCCCCGUGGACGAACCAUCCAUAGCAGUUACUGCACCCUCCAGUUCAAACUUUAAGGAUCUGGAUCCCGCAAUGAAGAGGCUAUUGAUUCGGGCGAGACUCACUGAGGAAGACCUGAAAGACAAAGAUGUAGCCGAAGCUGUCGACUGCAUCAUCAACCGAUUUGGAGGACUAAAGGCUGUACAGAGAGAGCUGAAGAACAGAGGUCCAAUGUCUCAGACAUUGCCGAGAGCUACAGGAGCAUCCAUCUCCCUCGCUCUGAAGAAAGGGCCCUUGCCACCAGUUCCUUCCAUCAAAGGCAGCACCACCUCCCAGCAGACACCACAGUGCACAGACACACAAAACCAAAGCCAGAUUCCCUCUUGGAUUCCUCCUCCUCCAUCUACUCCUGCUCCAGGUCUCCCAGAGCGGCUCAGAAAGAGUGCGAGUUUCAAACAUGUGGGCUCCCCAGCAGCUGCAGGAAGAGGUGACCCCAUCCUGACUGCACUGACAGAACUGUUCAGACAGAAGCAGCUGCUUCAGGGAGGCACAAGUGCAGAUGGGCGUCAACUGAAGCCAGACACUAAGAGUGACGAGCAGUUUUAAAGUAACUCAGGUUUUAACUGUGCUGUGUAUGAUAUACUUAUUAAA